CCCGUCUCUACUCGUUUGCACACUCAAUCACUCACCUACUCAGAAGAAGAAAACCUCCAGAAAGUCAACUCAAAUGGUGAAGGUCAACUCUAUCCGCUCCCAAUUCUCCGUCGCCGUCUUCUUCAUCUCCAUCGCCGUCUCUGCCAUUUCCGGAUCCGAUCCGGAUUGUGUGUAUACAGUUUAUGUGAGAACCGGGUCAAUCCUGAAAGCCGGAACGGAUUCGAACAUCACGUUGACUCUCUACGACGCCGGCGGCUAUGGGAUCAGGAUCAACAACCUCGAGGCCUGGGGCGGGCUUAUGGGCCCGGAUUACGACUACUUCGAGAGGGGGAAUCUGGACAUCUUCAGCGGGCGCGGCCCGUGUCUGACUGGGCCGGUCUGCCUCAUGAACCUCACCUCCGACGGGACCGGCCCGCACCACGGCUGGUACUGUAACUACGUCGAGGUCACCGUCACCGGAAUCCACCAGAACUGUAGCAAGCAGACGUUUACGGUGAACCAGUGGCUGGCCACCGAUACUUCGCCGUACGAGCUCACCGCCGUCAGGAACAACUGUGGUGACGGAAUCUCCGAGCCGCGUCUCGCCGACGGCUCCGAAACUGCCGGGAUUGUUGCUGUCAUGUGAGAGAGAGCCGGAGGAGAGGUGUUGGUGGGGUGGGCGUAUUAGGAAUUUUGAAAUACUCCGUACGUAUAUUUUACCGACUAUGUUUGUCAAUAAUGUCACAUGGGUUUGUGCGGUUCCGCAAUAAUGUUGAUUUAUUAGGGUCGUUGGACCACGGCCCAAUCUCUCUUUAGUUUCUUAUUUUCUUGUAUGAAUAAAAAAUACGGAGCAACUGAGUUUUAU